UGAGUUUGAGCGUGUAUUUCAUGCUGUUCUUGUUCUCUUUCUUGUCCGUAAUGUUGUUGAUUGCAUUGUUCAGAAUGCUCUCACUUAGAAGUGGACGCUGCUUUCGAAGGAAAGUGGCGAAUGGAGAAACUCUUCUUCUGCUCGCAUCUGUGCUGGCAGUGUGUCGAUUCGUGCCCGUCGAGACUGUGCAGCCCGAGGAGAAUGUCGAGCCUGCAGAUACUCCUGCGAGUGAGAGCAUCAUCAUUAGUCCGCAGUCGCAUAUGUGGGGCCCUGGCCUGACAUCAGCACGCAGCAACACCCCUGUGAGGUAUUUCUUCGUACAUGCCGUGCAACAAACAACCGGUGAAAACUUUACUGCAUCGCCGGGCGCGAAAAGUAUUUUCGUUGAUUUCCUGGACGGCACGGACACCCACACCGGAGUACACUAUGAGGUGUUUGAUCGACGUGACGGCUCACUAGCGGUUCGUUACCGUCUCUAUCGCAGCUACAAGCAGCUGCGGAUAGUCGUGAGGAACGUGGAAAAUGAGUGGAUUGGAUCGUCUCCGUACAUCCUUGAUAGCGUUGAGAGUGAGAAUUGCUUUUGUCCAGCACCACUGGAUGCAUUCAAGAUGUCGUUUCGUUGCCCGCUGGAAGGAUAUGAGCAGAUUAAGGUGGACUUGUCUCGCUUUGGUGAUGUCAAUUUGACGCAAACCAUCCCCGAGACGAUAUCUCGCUUCUCCGAUGCUCGCGGGGCGUGUUUUGCGCACUAUUCGAUCAUCAACAACAAGCUGUAUGCCAAGGUACACGGCCCUCACACCGGCUUCCGCAUGUUCAGCGAUGCUUUCCUAUCUUCACUCGUCAGAAAGGUAAAACUGGCGGAUGUGGAGUUCAUCGUUAAUCUUGGUGAUUACCCGCAAGAGAAGCGACUACACAGUGCUGACAAGCUACCUGUGUUCAGCUGGUGCGGCUCGACCGAGUACGCUGACAUCGUCAUGCCAACGUACGACGUAACCCAGGCAACCGUUGAUAGCAUGUCAAGGGUUCACGUGGACAUGAUCUCCAGUCAGUCUCGGCUGGAAACUGGUGACUGGGAGCGGAAACUUCCCAAGGCAUUCUGGCGUGGCCGUGAUAGUAGACAAGAGAGGCUGGAUCUUGUCAGGCUGGCGAAGCAACAACCCGAUCUACUGGAUGCCGGUCUUACAAACUUCUUCUUUUUCCGCGAACAGGAAGAGGAGCUUGGGCGAGUACCGUACGUCUCGUUCCAAGAAUUCUUCAACCACAAGUACCAGAUCAACCUUGACGGGACCGUGGCCGCAUACCGCUUUCCCUGGCUGUUGGCGGGAGGCUCAGCCGUGCUCAAACAAGACUCUCCCUACUAUGAACAUUUCUACAAGCACUUAGAAGCAUGGACACACUAUGUGCCCGUAAAGCGUGAUCUCAGUGACUUGCUCAAGCAGAUCCAAUGGCUGAAAGAGAAUGAAGAAAAGGCCAAGGAGAUAGCGCGAAAUGGCGUUCAGUUUACUCGGGAUCACCUCAUGCCGGAGAGCAUCUACUGCUACUACGCACUGCUCUUUCAGCAAUACGCUGACAAACUGAGAACGCCUGCGACUGUUCGUGAUGGCAUGGUCGAGGUGGAGCAGCCCAAGUCCACUUGUGAUUGUAAUGAGAAUUCAAGCCCCCGUGAUGAGCUCUAACCGUGAGACUAACUUGGCUACGAGUAAUGGCUAGUACCAUGGCAGGCAAGGGCAGCGCAAGACAUGGAGUACAGGGGCAGACCCCUGACUCUCACCCUGCUCGCUGAGGUAGCUUCGUCAUGCAGUGCUCAGCAGUUUAGUGAUAAUGCUUGGAAUGCUCGCUGCGGCAACGGCUCACGAACAGAGGUAUGCUUUCAGCCGGGCACCAAUUUAGUGAAAGCUUCUAACAUGCUGCUCAAAGAUGAUGUGCGGAAUUCAGAAUGCUGUCAGCUCUUCAAGAUCAGGUGAUAAUCUACUUGCUGUGGAGAAACGUAGGACGGUAGGUGGCAGCUGGGCGUCACUGGUAACCUUCCUGCACUGGAAAGUUCCCAGCAGGUUCUGGGAUCCUCUCUGUAGGUGCACUUACUGUGACUUAGGCACGGUAGCCCAUACUGUGUGUAGUCAAGUGCAUGUACCCACCUCUACACACCAUACAUGUAUGUACCUCUACACACCAUACAUGUGUUUUCAGUAAUAGGUUUAGACUUCCUUUAUGAGUCGGUAGGAAUCGAGGAAUGAAGUCGGUGACUGUUGCUUGUAUCUGUGCUGCUAACAUAUAAUUCUACUAACACUA